AUGCAAGGAGUUCGUCAAGGGUUGCACAUGGAUGAUUCGCAUCAGCCUUUGAGCGCGAAAGGGAACCUGGGAGGUUCAAUGGUACAACGACCACACAUAUGCUUGGCUACAUCGAUAUCAAGCGACCACCGACAGCUUGAUUAUCACGCGAUCUGUGUGAAAAUAUUUCCUCUGGUUCGAGCCAAUGCGGCGGUAUCGAUAAAGGUGUUGCAAGAAGCUACCAAAGCAACAUACGGGUUCAAGCCAACUUACAGGAAGACGUGGUUGGUAAAACAGAAGGUAGUAGCACAGAUAUACGGAGACUGGGAGGAGUCCUAUACCAAGCUACCUUGUUGGAUCCUUGGUGUGCAGUCUACCAUGGAGGGGACCGUUGCGUUGUUGAAGACGUCUCCGGUUCAAGUCGGUGAUGACGUUGACGACUCAACCGUGUACUUUCAUCAUCUUUUUUGGACGUUUCCUCCUUGUGUUGAAGCUUUCCGACAUUGCAAGUCAUUGGUCAGCAUAGACGGUAGUCAUCUGUAUGGCAAGUAUGGUGGGACUUUACUCCUAGCCAUCGCCCAAGAUGGGAACUCCAACAUCUUGCCUAUUGCUUUCAGUCUUGUGGAGGGGGAAAAUGUCGAGUCGUGGUCUUUCUUCCUGACUAACCUGCGCCAACAUGUGACUCCGCAACAGGGGAUAUUGGUCAUCUCGGAUAGGCACAACAGUAUCAAGGCUGCACUAGAGAACCCUAACAGUGGAUGGUUACCCCCUCAUGCGUAUCGAGCAUUUUGUAUUUGGCAUGUUACAGCUAACUUCGCACUCAGUUUCAAGGGCACGGAUGCAAAGCGUUUGCUUGUGAACAUUGCUUAUGUGAAGACUGAGGCAGAGUUUUAUUAG